AUGAACUACAACGGCGCAGAUGGCCUUGAAUUCGGGGCGGGAAAUACCAAAAUAGACCCAGCCUUGUUGAGGGGAUGCAAGGUCACAUCCACCGAGAGCCACGGCGUAAGCUUCUGGGCGCAGACAGGUCGCGUCGAUGUUCGGCUCCGCGAUGGUACACCGCAGUCCUUCUUCGUCAAGGUCAUUUCGAAAGAACUAGGCAUGAAUAUGACCAAGGGUGAAUUUCACUCAAUGAGCGCGAUGCACAGCGUCCUGCCUGAAUUUGUCCCAAGGCCCAUCGCUUGCGGCACCUACGAGACGAUCGCAGACACCCACUUCUUCCUCUGCGAGUUUCGAGAAAUGACUGACGAUAUGCCUGACCCUUACAAAUUUGCCGCUUUUCUGUCAGCACUGCACCAGAAAAGCGAAUCGCCUACUGGCAAGUUCGGAUUCCACAUCACCACCUACGCGGGAAACCUACCUCAGUUUGUGGCAUGGGAAGAUAGCUGGGAGGCAUUCUUCGCCAAGUCCAUGAGACAGGCGCUUGACCUGGAGAUUGAAAGGAAAGGUCCUAGUGAGGAGCUCGAUGUCCUCUCCCAUGCUCUGUUCGAAAAGGUCAUCCCGAGGCUCCUGAGGCCUCUCGAGAGUGACGGUCGAGUAGUGAAGCCCUCACUUAUUCAUGGAGACCUUUGGUACGCAAAUGCAGGGAUUGAUGCCGACGGCGACCAGCCUCUUGUCUUUGAUGCGUGCUGCUUCUUUGCGCACAACGAAUAUGAGUUUGGCCAGUGGCGACCGGCUUGCAAUAGGUUUGGGGAUGAGUACGUUGCUGCCUACAGCACAUUCACCCAGAUUUCGCCGCCGGAAGAAGAUUUUGAAGGCCGCCUAGACCUCUAUAGGCUGAGGUUUGACACCCAUGUAUCAGCGCUUUUUGUUGAUAACGAGACACUUCGCACACAGGUCCUUGACGUUAUGAGAGAUUUGGUCCACAGAUAUGGUUAG